CAAAACGGCAAAACCCAGAACCCGAGCACCUCCAUUCACCAUGAGCGCGCGCUUUGGGUCGGGUACGGCGGCGGCGAAGCUCAUCGGCGGUGGCCCGGCCAAAGGGCGUUACCAGAACGCCGUUUUCUCCGGACCUUCUGGUCUGAUUCGAUUGCCGCAGCGAUCUUUGUGUUUGCCUUCGGUUGUGGCUGCGGAGAAGAAGAGGAAGAUUGCCGUCGAGUGCUCUAAGGGCGGGGAGGAGGUGCAGAAGUUGACUUACAAGGAUGCUGGGGUUGAUAUCGAUGCCGGCUCGGAGCUUGUUCGGAGGAUUGCGAAGAUGGCGCCGGGGAUUGGUGGCUUUGGAGGGCUCUUCCCUCUGGGAGAUUCAUACCUUGUGGCUGGCACUGAUGGUGUGGGGACUAAACUCAAACUUGCAUUUGAAAGUGAAAUCCAUGAUACCAUUGGCAUUGAUUUGGUGGCCAUGAGUGUGAAUGACAUUGUUACCUCUGGAGCAAAGCCAUUGUUCUUCCUUGAUUAUUUUGCCACUGGCCAUUUGGAUGUUGACCUUGCUGAAAAGGUGAUAAAAGGAAUUGUGGAUGGAUGCCAACAGUCUGAUUGUAUUCUUUUAGGUGGUGAGACUGCUGAGAUGCCAGGCUUCUACCCCAAUGGAGAGUAUGAUCUCAGUGGUUUUGCUGUUGGCAUUGUCAAAAAGGAUGCAGUCAUUGAUGGGAAGAACAUUGAGGUUGGGGACGUUCUCAUUGGCCUUCCAUCCAGUGGUGUCCAUUCCAAUGGGUUUUCUCUUGUGAGGAGGGUCCUGUCUUAUAGUGGUCUCUCUUUGAAAGAUCAGCUUCCUGGAAAUAAUGGGAAGCCAAUAACAUUAGGAGAAGCACUAAUGGCACCGACAGUUAUCUAUGUUAAACAGGUACUCGACAUCAUAAGCAAAGGAGGGGUGAAAGGAAUAGCCCACAUAACUGGCGGUGGUUUUACUGAUAAUAUACCAAGAGUUUUUCCUUCUGGUCUUGGGGCUAAGAUCUUCAGUAAUUCUUGGGAUGCCCCAGCUGUAUUCAAAUGGAUACAAGAGGCUGGAGGAAUUGAGGAUGCUGAGAUGAGGCGAACUUUCAACAUGGGCAUCGGAAUGGUUCUCGUCGUCACAAAUGAGGCAUCCAAAAGAAUACUCUCCGAACAUCAUUCAGCUUAUCUCAUCGGUGAAGUCGGACCCGGUGAAGGUGUGAAGUUUGUUUGAUCAACAGAUAUAAAUCUUCUCGAUCGAGCAAUUUUGUUGUACUAAUACCAUCAAUAUUUAUGAUAAAUUGCAAGCAUUGUAUUAAUUCAGUUUGCAGUAAACACCAUAAAUCCAACAUAUGCUACUCUUGUUGACUUUGCAUAAACUCUAUAUAAAUAAACAUAUAAACAGAAUGGAUAAGCUUGUGUCAUUCAUGAGGUUUCA